AUGUCUUUAGCAGCCAAUAGCUCAAUUAAAGGUCAAAUUGACUUCGAAAAAUUUGAUAAAGCUAGGAAGCUUGAUAAACACCUAGAAAAAAUUCGCCAUGAUUACACAAAGGAUUUAGAAGAUAAAUUUGAAUCAGUUCGUCAACGUGGUACAGCUAUGUAUCUUAUUGACACACUUUCACUAAGAGCAAGAAAUGAAAAACUGUUGAAGAAGCAGAUACUAUUCAGAUUGCUAUUUUAUGUAACUAUAAACAAUUACAUCAGCAAGGCUCAUAUAAAAACCACCAAAUUGUCAGAACAAGAUGAAGAAGACAAUACAAUAAUUGCGCUGGGAGAAAUUCCAAUGGGCAUCAGACGUUGA